UAAAUCAUUUAUAUUGUUUGUAAUAGAGAAAAAAGAGAAGAUAAUGGCUAAUGAUAUAUUAUUUGGAGGAAUUAAGGAGAAGGAAGGUUCUGCCAAUAGUUUGGAAAUUGAAGGUCUAGCCAGAUUCGCAAUUGAAGAUCACAACAAGAAAUCUAAUGCACAGUUGGAAUUGGUGAACAUCUUGAAGGUGGAAGAACAGGUUGUGGCUGGAUCUAUAUAUUAUAUAACUCUUGAGGCAACAAAUGCUAUGGGUGGUGGUGGUGAAAAGAAAGCUUAUGAGACUAAGGUUUGGGUAAAGGAUUGGAUGAAUUUUAAACAGGUUACUGAGUUUAAGCUUGUUAAUGGAGAUCAUCAUGCUUCUUCUUCCCCAACUGUUUAACUAAAUCUAUGUUGUUUAAACUACAAUAAUUAUGUUGAUGAUCCAU